AUGUAUAAUUUGAUCAAAAAGCAUGACAGAGAUGAUUAUAAAGAGCUUUUGGAAUUAGUGUUAAUAUUCUUAGGUGGUACUCCGAAAAACGGGAUCAAAUUUAGAGCUCCAGGACCAAAUCAUCAUGAAAGAUGGAUGGCUAAGGCUCUAUAUGCUUUAAAAAUCUUCAUUUUUAAAAAACAGUUUAAAGUCAAUGCAACUGAAGUAAAUGGACUGAGAUAUGUCUGCUUAUUUCUAGUUAAUUUCUACACGGUUUCAUGGUUCAAUGCACCUUUUGCGAUAAAGUCAUCCUAUCAAGAUUUGAAUCUGAUCAAAAAUCUUUAUGAAUUCCGUUCUGUCCAUAAAAAAAUGUCUGAAGCAGCAACGGUGACAUUUUCAAGACACUUAUGGUACUUGUCAGAAGAGUUGGUCGGGUUAGCUUUGUUUGAUGACAGAGUUUCCUUACAUGCUAAGAGACAAACCGUAACUGCAAUAAAAACGCGAGAAAGUAAUGCUUCGAAUUCAAAAAAAUUUAUCGUCAAAGACUAUCAAUUACCGUAUCAAUUUAUGGACAAGGAUCCAGAGCUCUGGGCAUUUGAUCAAGAUUAUCUACAUUGCAAAUCUGUGUUUUCAGACUUAAAAGUUGUCAACGAUCUUGCUGAAAGAGGUGUUGCAUUAAUCCAGGACUUCAACAACUGCUUAACGAGAAAUGAAGAACAAAAACAAUAUUUAUUGCAAGUUGUCGAAGAACACAGAAAAAAAUUUCCUUACGUUACCAAAAAUAAAAUUGUAGCUACUUAUUCAAAGAAAUCAAAAAAAAUUUAA